CCCUAAAAGAGUCGCUUUAGCUUUGACGCCUCCUCUCUCUUUGUUUGAGUGGUAGACCAACUCUCUUUUAACGCUCUCAAAGACCCAAGCUUUUUCAUCGUCUCUCUUCUUUUCUCUCUCUUUCUCCACACAUUUUAGGGAGAGGGAGCUCUCAUACAUUGCCCUCUUUUAUCUCUCUCUACAGUGAGUGCAGUGAGUGCUUUCUUUAAGCCCCACAGCGAAAGCAAACACUCUCAAAGCUCUGAUCUUUUGGAGCCAUGUAAUAUCUUUUUUGGGCUUCCUUUUCUCUUCACUUUUAACUGAUCUUUUGAUUUGCUUGGUGGGUUUCUGCUUAUCUUUGCACUUGUUUUGUUUUUUUUGCGUCUGGGUCUUUGUGGGGUUCUAGAUCCAAAGAGGUGGGUCUUUGAUUUAAGAUCUGUGACUUUCUUCUUUACCUUGUUAUUAUCUUCUCCUCCUUUGGGUUUUGCCAGUUUUAACAGCCAUGGGGAAACUACAUUUGUGUAUGAAUUAAUUGAUUCUCUCUUGCUCCUUAUUUGUCACCAGAAAGUUUCACUCUUUUUCGGGGAAAUAAGAAUUGGCAUUUUAAGGAAAAUCACAAUUCUAUUGUUUACAAAUUUGAAGAUGAAAACAGGCAGUACUGCUCGUGGAUUUAACAUGCUUGGGGCUUACUAAUGGGUUUUCCCAAUUUGAUCUAUGUAACAAAUUUGCUUUCUUUCGAUGGCCUCAAAAACCAAUGUUGGAAGUUCCCCAGAAAAUCUGAGAAAAGCCGUUGGUAAUCAGACACCAGAGGGAAAGUUCCGCAGGCCCUCACCUUUACAGAUUACAAAGACAAGCAAAUCAGAGCCAGUCACCCCCAGAAAACCACCUCAAAGUGCACAAGUUGCAUCAAAACAGGUUUCUGUAGUGACAACAGAGGACAAGAAAUCACUGAUUUCUCAUAAAUCAGACAAUGUCAAUUCUUUGGUUGAUGAGGUAUCUUCAGGUUUGGCCUUUGUUUAUCCAAAGCAAGGGCCAACUUGUGCCAAUCCUGAAGUGAGUGAGGCUAGGGACUCACCAGAGAAUAGUGCUGAUCAAGAAAGUAAAAAUUUACAGAAUGAAAUUGGCCCUAGUUCUGCUAAGGUUAGUGAUGGGACCAGCAGUCUUGCAAAGACUAGUGGAAGCGCCAAAGUUAGUGGACAAGUUGAUUUUGUUGAGAGUGGGAAAAGCAGUGUGAACAGAGGGAGCACAGGCAGUGAUGUCAGUGAUGAGAGUACUUGUAGCAGUUUCAGUAGCAGUGUCAAUAAACCUCACAAAGCCAAUGAUAUACGAUGGGAAGCUAUACAAGCUGUACGUGCAAAAGAUGGUGUGUUGGGUGUGAACCAUUUCAGAUUGCUGAAGAGGUUGGGCUGUGGGGAUAUUGGAAGUGUGUAUCUUUCAGAAUUGAACGGGACAAAGUGUUAUUUUGCAAUGAAGGUUAUGGACAAAGCAUCUUUAGCAAGUCGUAAGAAACUUCUUCGAGCUCAAACAGAGAGAGAAAUACUGCAGUGUUUGGAUCAUCCCUUCCUUCCAACUUUAUAUACCCAUUUUGAGACUGACAAAUUCUCGUGUUUGGUUAUGGAGUUUUGCCCCGGUGGUGACUUGCACACUUUUCGACAAAGGCAGCCAGGAAAGCAUUUUUCUGAGAGGGUGGUCAAGUUCUAUGUAGCAGAGGUUCUUCUUGCUCUGGAGUAUCUCCAUAUGCUUGGAAUUGUUUACCGAGACCUCAAGCCGGAAAAUGUUCUUGUACGUGAAGAUGGACACAUCAUGCUUUCUGACUUUGACCUUUCCCUCCGCUGUGCAGUGAGCCCAACAUUGGUCAAGUCUUCAGCACCUGAAGGUGAACGCUUGCGAAAGAACCCAGCUUAUUGUGUUCAACCAGCUUGUAUUGAGCCAUCUUGUAUCCAGCCUUCAUGUGUGGCCCCUACAACAUGUUUUUCGCCUCGACUCUUUUUAAGCAAAUCCAGGAAAGAUCGAAAACCCAAGAAUGAAAUGGGGAACCAAGUCACCCCAUUGCCAGAGCUUAUUGCAGAGCCGACUGAUGCACGUUCCAUGUCCUUUGUUGGCACCCAUGAAUACCUGGCCCCUGAAAUUAUCAAGGGUGAAGGGCAUGGAAGUGCUGUAGAUUGGUGGACUUUUGGAAUCUUUCUGUAUGAGUUACUGUUUGGUAAAACUCCAUUCAAAGGGUCUGGGAACCGUGCUACCCUCUUCAAUGUGGUGGGUCAGCCAUUAAGAUUUCCCGAGUCACCAAUUGUCAGUUUCUCAGCAAAAGAUCUGAUAAGGGGCUUGCUGGUGAAAGAGCCACAACAUAGACUGGCUUAUAAACGAGGAGCUACAGAGAUUAAACAACAUUCCUUCUUUGAAGGUGUAAACUGGGCAUUGAUUCGUUGCGCAAGCCCACCUGAGAUUCCUAAGCCGCUAGAGAUAGAGCAGAUUCCAACUCCACCAUCAACAAGUGGUAAAGGUGCACCUGCUGUUCUUCCUGAGCAGAAUAAUUAUCUGGAAUUUGAUUUCUUUUAGUUGUCCUUGAAACUGAUUUUCUAUUUGUUUUUUCCCCCUGUUCUUGCACUUCACCCAAUAUGUAGAGUCUCUAGAACAUUGAAGUUGUGGAAAUUAGGGUUUUUGAAUUGAUAAUAGUCAAAUGUUCAAUGUUUUUAUUAAACAUUUUCAUAUUUGUAUUGAGGGAAGUUGAAUAUCUGAAAUUGUGAAUUAUCUUAAUGUACAACAUGAAUUUGGUUUCUUUUUAUGCUGAA